CCCUGUCGUAACUCUAACCCAGAUCUUGUCGCUCCAAAGUGAAGGCUCUUUCUCUUACAGCUGGAAAGAACCAAGAAUUCGUACCUCUCUGGGUUGGGGAGGGGGUAUUCCAGCUCUGGAAAAGGACCAUGCUCGGUGGGGAUCCGAGGACCAGAUACCUUCUGUGGGCUCUGAAAACCAGCUUCCCCAUGCCUAUUUCCUGUGAUGGACGAAUCUGACAUUAAUGUGAGUUCUGGGGAGGGUUUCAGGUAUGCAGAGAAGAUCGGACUGCUCAUUUUUCUCUCCGCAGUCAUCCUAAUGGCCAUACUGGGGAACCUUUUGGUGAUGGUGGCUGUGUGCAGGGACAGACAACUCAGGAAAAUCAAAACAAAUUAUUUCAUUGUCUCCUUGGCCUUUGCCGAUUUGCUUGUCUCUGUCCUGGUCAUGCCCUUCGGUGCCAUUGAACUGGUCCAGGACGUGUGGAUUUAUGGCGAGAUGUUUUGCCUUGUCCGAACAUCUCUAGAUGUCCUGCUCACCACAGCCUCAAUUUUCCACCUGUGCUGCAUUUCACUAGACAGGUACUAUGCCAUCUGCUGCCAGCCUUUGGUCUAUAGGAACAAGAUGACUCCACUACGCAUCACCCUGAUGCUCGGAGGCUGUUGGGUAAUCCCCAUGUUUAUUUCUUUCCUCCCCAUAAUGCAACGCUGGAAUAACAUUGGCAUAAUAGACUUGAUAGAGAAGAGACAGUUUGACCAGGACUCAAACUCCACCUACUGUAUCUUCAUGGUCAACAAACCCUAUGCUAUCACAUGCUCUGUGGUGGCCUUCUACAUCCCAUUUAUUCUGAUGGUCCUGGCCUACUACCGUAUCUACAUCACUGCCAAGGAGCAUGCUCGCCAGAUCCGGAUCCUGCAGAGGGCUGGAGCUCCCACAGAAGGUCGCCGAGAACCCCCGGAUCAACAUAGCACCCAUCAUCGCAUGAAGACAGAAACCAAGGCUGCCAAGACCCUGUGCAUCAUUAUGGGCUGCUUCUGCCUCUGCUGGGCACCAUUCUUUGUCACCAACAUCAUUGACCCAUUUGUGGGCUAUAGCGUCCCUGCCCAGCUUUGGACCACCUUCCUCUGGCUUGGCUACAUCAACUCAGGCCUCAACCCUUUUCUCUAUGCUUUCUUGAAUAAGGCAUUUCGUCGAGCUUUCCUUAUCAUUCUGUGCUGUGAUGAGGAACGUUAUCGGAGGCCUUCUAUCCUGGGUCAGACAGUCCCCUGUUCUACCACCACUGUCAAUGGGUCCACGCAUGUGCUAAGGAAGUGGAUACCAUUCUCUGUCCUGUAUGGAAAAGUCACACAACUUUUCAAAAAGCCCCAAAGGGAAGAGAGAGAGAGAGAACAUCACCGCUCUAAUGAAACAAUGCAUCUGGCGGCCAGCCAUCCCCCAGAGUCAAUCAAGGUUCCCCACUGUUCUGAGAGUCACAGCCGAUGACCACGAAGCAGGAACCCCCAGGACUGUUGGGGGGACCUUGGGGGUUGGACACUUGCCUGCUGAAGAGGUGAUGUGGCAUGAAUGCACAGACUGCCCAGGACAUCGGAAAGGAGCCUAAACUCCCUGUGGUCUGGUAGAUCCCAGGAAAGAGCUCUGCUCCUUCUUUGUUUCCUGUGGCAAAAAGCACCUACUGACUAAGCAUCCCUUGGGGCCUCAGUUGUUUGUGUUAUGAGGCCAGCAAAACCAAAGGACGGUUUGGGCUGCUGGUUCCUUCUUCAGAGGAAGAUAUGAUCAGAUUGCAUUUCAUGAGAAUAGCAUGCACUGGUUCCUCCUUCAGAGGACGAUUUGGGCUGGGUCCAUCUCCAGAGGCUGCUUACUUCUCCUGCGAAAGACACAGGCUUGCUCUGUCUCCCUGGAAAACAUUCUGAAAAGCAGUUCUGGCUAAAACUGUGAAUAGACAAAGUGAAUCUGAUUGUUAGGAGCAGGCACAGCCUCGACAGAAGUUUUGGUCCAAAGGCAAUGCCCAGGAGAACAUGAGAGACUGUCCAAAUGUUAUGCAUGAUUUUUAGCUCUGUGACAUUCUGUGAUGUCCAUGCAAGCAGACCUGUUGUCUCUCUUCUCUCAGGUCUUCUGCAUUAGUGUUUUCUGGCUUUUUAAAAUUGUAGUUGGGGGGGGGAGGGUUGUCAUUGUUGCUGUUUUUCACUUCUCUAUUUGUUGUGAUUGUUGUGUUGUGUGUUUUUUUUAAACGUCUUUCUCCUGUAGCCCCACAAAGGCAAAAUAAAACAACUAGGAGAGAGUUUCUCUCUUCUCCUUUACUCUUGCUAUGGGUAGGAAACAGAUAUACCU